CGGGGGGAGGCCACACGCCAAACGCUCUCCUGUUAACCCGUGUGCGUGUGUGUGUAUGUGUGUGUGUCAGUGUGUAUUAGUCACUCGCUCACCCAACUGUCACCGCCACACUAAGAAUGCCUGAGCAGAUCACGUGACCGACCAGACAUCAUGGUGAGGUGCGACCUCCCCCACAACCUCCAUAAUGGACCCGCCCGACUUCCAGCCAGAGAUUAAGUUUCGUUGGUGCCGCACAGUGCGCUGCCGGGCGCAAGAGGUGACCCUCGUAUUGACCUCUGUGACGGGAACACAGGUCACCCUCACGUGGAAGGCUGACCUCGGAUGGUACGAGUCCAAGCCCAUCCCCGUGCCCUGCGGUUUCCACUCGGGGUUCAUCCUCAUUAAAGAUAAGGUUCUGGACGUGGUGAGCGGCCGCUUGGAGCCCCGGGAGCGGGAUUAUAAGGUGGACCCCUUCCAUAUUGUCCCCCACAAGUUCGCUGUCGAGUUGUUCCUCGAGUCUGACGAGACCUCACCCUUCUGGAGCGACGCGCCGGAGCUCCGCCUUCGAUACCUCAGCUCAGAUCACCUGGAGAGGCUUGGGACUAGCAAAGAGGGCGUCUUUUACGAGGAAGAAGGAGGAAGCGCAGGGAGGGGGAGAGGAGGGGGCUUCCACACCCGCAAAUGGGUCUCUUCGACGGCCCUGGACAGCCCCAGGGGACGAAGGAGGGGCAAACCCAGGACCCCCUUCGCUGAUUCCUCCACCAGAGGCUUCCCAUCGUGUGACGACGGCGACGACGACGAUCUUCCCCUCCGGCGUUCGGGAACCUUAGCGCGAGGGAGGUCCCAGGGUCAGCUGUGCCAGACCUCAAUCUCCUACGGAAGCCUCCGAGAACAGGGCCUCCUCGGCGCUUCCACCUCGUCGCCCAACCUGUCCAAGGCAUUCCAGGUGGCCGUCGACCUCUCCAGGGCGAGUUCGAAGUUCUUGGCGGGGCUGUCUUCCACCAGCAGUGGCGUGUACCUCGGAUAUGAGGAUGGUAGCGACCCGCCCUCUCCGGACAACAAGGAUUCUGCGCACGCCGACAGUCCCUACGCCGCCGGAGGAGAGACCUCGCAGGAGUCAGAGGCAGGAGAGCGCGUCGAGGGCGGAGGAGAAGGCGGUGGGGAAGGCGCACGGAGGAAGAGGUACCUGUAUGGGUCCUCGGAGCGGGGUCGAUCGCUCCAUCUAGAGGACCUGCAGGACACGUGGGCCGCCAAAAGGCAGCGGGAGAGCCUCGGGAACACCACCUCCAGCACCUCCUUUGAAGACCUCCUGACCUCAGUGUCCGUCGCCAGGAAGGAGGCAGCCAAGACUGAGCUCAAUAUCCUGAGGUUCGAUACUAUCAAACAAGAGCGCCUUGUGAAAGAGAUCCUCGAGCCUUCAGAUUCCGACUUCGAGGACGAGGAGGCGGCGUGCGAGACGAGCAGCACCCCGGAGCAGCGAGGCCGAUACGGUUGCGUGAUCACUUUCGAGAGUCGCAGCGCCAGCAUGGACGACGUGGGCUCCCCGAGGGCCCUCGAGGACGCGCUCGUCUCCCUCACCUCGAGCGAGAGCCACCACGAGUUCACGCUCGAGAGCCCGCCUCAGCCACAGCCACGCCGACCCCGAAUCGCGCAGACGAGCUCCGUCGAAGAGACGCUGGGGUCUCACGACGAAGGAGAGGUCGAUGAGGUCUUCACGGAGGAAGGAUCCUCCUCCUUCGCUGCGCCUCAGCCCAAACCUCGAACCCGAACUCCGACAGCCUCGGAAGGGCUUGUGACGCCGCCCAAAGCAGAAAAGUUGCCCUCUAUAGGAGUCUUCGUGGCGGAGGAGAUGGAAGAGAAAAGAAAACGAGAAGUGGAGAAAGAAGCCGGGAGAGAGAGAGAAAUGUCUGGGAUAGACGAAGGAUUCCACAUUCCAAAAGGGAGACAAAAGUCUCAGGAAUUUAGAAGCGAGUCUCAUCAUCGGAGGCCGCGAUCUCCCGACGUGGAAGACGACGACGAGGACUUCCAGUAUGACUCCCUGAAGCACGAGGACGAGCAUCUCCCGAUCGACAUCAGAAACAUCGACAGCGAAGACUCUCAGAUGUCAUCCAGGCCGGGAGGACACCUCGGGGAAGACGGAGACGACGCCGAGGAUGCUGCGAGUGGACGGAGCGGCUCCUACGACGUGGCGGGCGCCCUUGCCACGUACUCCUCCGUCGAGGGCGAGGUCCCCGCGGACUCCUUGACCAUCCUGCAGCCGGGGAGCCAGAAGGCCACGGUGAGGGAGGCCGAAGAGUUCGUAAGGGGCAGGGAAAAGGGAAGGACCGGCUCGGGCGGUGACGUAGAGAUGGGAGAUCAUGGUGAUGGUGAUCAGGGACCUAGUGGUAGUGAUUAUGGUGAUCGAAGACGUGAUGAUGAUCAUAGAAUUAAAAGACAUGGUGAUGCCGAUGAUAGGGCCUAUAGACGCGGUGACAGUGAUAUGGUUAGACGUGAUAAAGAUGGUGAUAGUGACGAAGGCUGUGGUGAUGGUGGUGGCAUUUCGGGUCGUGAUGGCAGGCGCGAGAAAGGUAGUAAGGAACACAGACCUUCUUCUCUCAAGAAAACGAGAGAGGAGCAGGCUGACGUGAAGAGAGCCAGGGUGAGCGAGGGCCACGAGGACAAAGCCAGGGUUCAAGGCGAUGGCCUUGGAGUGUCGAGAGGCCCAGCGUCCCCACGCAGAGGGCCUCCCGAGCCCGAGAAGGCCCGGAGGCGCUUGUCGUUCUCCCGAGGCGACGGGGGCGCUCUUCCCUCUGGCGACGACGGCGCCAGGGAAGGGGACGACUCGGAGAACCGCCGCCCCCGCAUCGUGCGCAUGCACCACGCCGGGACGCAGACCACGCGGAAGGUCACGCAGGCGACGUCGACGGAGGACCACAAGCGGCACGCCCUUCCCCGCACCACGCCCAAGUACAGCCGCUCGCCCCUCCGAAGCAGAGCGGCCAACGGCCAGGUGGAAGCGCCCUACACGCCUCUGCCAGACAGGUUCAGUGGCCCUUGGUCGCAAAGGCUGCCUGGAUCGGCGGCUGUGGGGGCGGCGGGGGUGGCAGGGGCGGCAUAUGCUGUACCUCCUUCACACGCCACGCCCGCCCUCGCGCCCACCCUCACCCCUCCUCCCGCCCACGUCACUCACCCCGCCCACGUCACCCACGGGAAGCACGACCUGGCCACACUGCAGAGGAACCUGUACAACCUCGUGGACAGGGACAGUCGGCGGCUCAACUCCAGCUACCUGGCCGAACUCCAGGCGCGCAAACGUCACUUCCAGGACGCCCACCAAAGCCCGGACUACAGCCACCCGUACGCCCCUUCCCCCCAGCCCUACCACACCUCGACCCCUCAGCCCCAAGCCCACUACCCCCCAAGCGACCCCAGCUCCCGACCUCCUACUUGUACUCCUCCUCGCCCUCCUCCUCCUCCUCCUCCUACCCCCACCAGUACCCGAUGCUCUCCUCCGUGUCCAUCAAGCCUUCGUCCUCGAGCUAUUCGCCCUCGAAGCCUGCAACCCACACCAUGACCUCGUCCAGAAUCCUAGACCAAUCAGAAGCGAGAACGAGAUCCAGUAGGGUUGCAUACGGCGGCAGUGUCAGCGACCUCUCCAGGCUGCGGCAGACCAGCAAGCACUUCUACGAGACUUACACUGCGCAC